AUGCUUCGGCUCUCUCGGUUUGUUGCCUCCACGGUGAGCUCAAAAGGUCUUGCGCGGGCGAGCAAGCAGACUGAGAAGCGGGAUCUUCACCCUGUUGCUGCGAAGAAGCCGUCAGCGGCUACCGCCGCGACCGUGGUCACACCAUCCGCUGCCUGGCACGUAAGCCCCAGUAUGUCUCCUGCCGCACGAGACCACUACAGCAACUCGCACGCGGCGGAUUUCGAGGCGGACAGCGCCGCCCUCGAGGCGCACGCUCACGCCGCGCCGCAGGACUCGCAUAAUCUGCAGACUCACACCGGCAUGAACGGUGCGCAGCACCAAGACCACCGCAGCGCCGGCAAGCUGAACUUUGAUGCCUCGAAAGCUGGGCUUCAGCAGGUGAAUAAAGACUACGUCGAGCACGUCAUUGAAGAGGCGUCGAAGGGGUCCGCUUUCUACCAAAAGGAGCAGCGGCUCGAGGAGACGCGGCGUCGCAAGGCCGAAGAGCUACAAGAGAAGGCCAAGUCAUUCGACUCUAUCAGCACAGCCGAGAAGCAGAAGAUCAAGGCCAUGGUAGACACCAUGGUGGACGAACUCGAGGCGACGCGUGAUCUUCGGCGCCGGUACAUCCACAUUGAUAUGGACAUGUUCUACGCCGCGGUGGAGGAGAAGAAGACACCGUCGCUGAGGGAAAAGCCUUUCGGUGUCGGUUCUCAGCAGAUGCUCUCCACAACGAACUACAUUGCGCGGCAGUACGGCGUGCGGUCUGGGAUGCCCGGCUUUAUUGGCAAGAAACUCUGCCCCGAGCUCAUCAUAGUGCCGAAUGACUUCCCAGCCUACCAGCGAGAAGCGGCGCGGGUGCACAGUAUUGCCUCCCGCUACGAUGCGCAGUUCGUCAGCGUCGGCCUCGAUGAGUUGACGAUGGACGUGACCAAAUACCUGCAGGAGUUCCCGGCCGUGUCGGCAUCCGACAUUGCCCACGACUUCCGCGACGAGGU